AUGUCGAUUCGGCUGGUGACGAUAUUCCUGGCCUUCUUCGCCGCCUUGGCGCAAGGCAAACCCGGCUAUGGACCCGGUGACCAGGACUGGGGCUACGUGGACGUGCGUCCGGGUGCCCACAUGUUCUACUGGCUCUACUACACCACCGCCAAUGUUUCCAGCUACACGGAGCGUCCGCUGGUCAUUUGGCUCCAGGGAGGACCGGGUGCCUCCUCCACGGGCUACGGGAACUUCGAGGAACUCGGACCCGUCGAUCUGUACGGCGACUGGCGCAGCUGGACGUGGGCGAAGGACAUGAAUGUCCUGUUCAUCGACAAUCCCGUGGGCAGUGGCUUCAGCUAUGUGGACAAUACGGCCCACUUCACGGCCACCAACAAGGAGAUUGCCCUGGAUUUGGUGGAGCUGAUGAAGGGCUUCUACGAGAAUCACCCGGAAUUCCAGGAGGUUCCGCUGCACAUCUUCUGCGAGAGUUACGGCGGCAAGAUGGCCCCGGAGUUCGCCCUGGAGCUGUGGAAGGCCAAGGAGCGGGGCGAGGUGAAGAGCAACCUCACCUCGGUGGCCCUGGGUGACCCCUGGACCUCGCCCAUCGAUUCUGUGCUCGCCUGGGGACCCUUCCUCCGGGAGGCGGGCAUUGUGGACCACGCGGGAUACGCGGCCAUCCAGGAGGCGGCCAACUUCACGGCCCAGCUGGUGGAGGAGGAGCGCUGGAUCCAGGCCACCUACCAGUGGGGCAACACCCAGUGGGAGGUGAUGAAGGCCUCCAAGGGCGUGGACUUCUACAACAUCCUCAAGGAGACGAAGGGCGGUCUCUACCAGCGGCAGAUGGCGAUGAGCAACGAGGAGCGACUCUAUCGCACGAUGGUGAAGUUCGAUAUCGACGAGGAUCGCACUAAAAUGCUGGAGGAUCUGAUGAGGGGUCCUGUGGCGGAGACCCUGGGCAUUCCCUCGAAUGUCGUCUGGGGAUCCCAGAGCGGCACCACCUUUGAUAUCCACAGAACCGACUUCAUGAAGCCUGUGAUCCACAUAGUGAACGAACUGCUGGAGAAGACUCCUCUGAAGGUGGGCGUGUUCUCCGGCGGCCUGGACCUCAUCUGCGCCACUCCCGGCACCGUCAACUGGAUAGCCAAGCUGGACUGGAGCGGCAAAGACGAGUAUCUGGCUGCUCCGCGCAAUGCCAUCACCGUGGAUCGCAUUCUGGAGGGCUACCAGAAGUCGGGCGGCAACUUCACCAUGUUCUGGAUCAACCGAAGUGGUCACAUGGCUCCUGCGGAUAAUUCAGCCGCCAUGAGUCAUGUCCUCAGGGAGUUUACCUCCUUUGGGUAG